AGAAACUCCAGACCACACUCGACCCCUCACUUACAACUCCCAACUCUAAGCCGCCGCCCGACGCGGCGCCUCGGCGAGUUGGCAUGUGAGCAGGCCAUCGCUGUAGCCUGCGGCGGUGGACCGGUCAGUACUACUUGUAGUGCGCUGCCAUGGAAUCCUGAUAGCUCAGCGUGCCGCAUGCAUGAACGUUAGGAUCAGGCUGUUGCGCGCUGUAAAAUGACCGUUUCACCAGUUCAGCGAUCAUUACUUCGAGCCUCUCCCCUACCGUAUCCCAUCGGCCGGUAGGUGGCGUUUAAGACUAGAAUCGGACCCUAGAGGUCAAAGGGAUACCGGUACCAGGUAUAAUGGUGCCAGUGGGCCAUUCGAUAUACAAAGGGCGAAUCCUUGCCUUUCCAGAGCUAGAACUAGACAAUCGCUGUAAACGCAGGCACUCUCCAGACACCUGAAAUAUUGCGCCAGCGCGCCGAAUCCGACUCCGCAGCCCUUACAGUACUCGAGUAUAUCCUCUUUUUUUCCCUCCGCGCAUUAUUGCAAAACACUUGAGGAGUGGAACGAACUCGAAAGAAGAAACUCGAGUGUCUUAGAUAGUUCCCAUAAGACACUUUCCAGGAGCUUUAUGAGGGCACCCGCAUUUUGUUGGCUUUAUCAGCAAGAAGAGGUCUAGAAGCGUCCCGAUCGUCAAUGGAUUACCCAAAGGAGAGUCCUUGUUGGAUGCAGUUUUCUUUUUACGAUGGCUCGGGCUGCCCAGGGCAUCCGAGUUUUCUUCUUCUCCCAAUCGUUCAGUUUUUCGAGUGUUUUGCAAAGCGCGAUCCUUUUUGUGCAAUACCAGUUUAUAUACCGGCAACUACUUUCGUACAGUACUGUACCGGUACGUGUCUUCCAUUUUUCUCUCCCUUGCCUCUUAGCGGUAUCCAUACGGCUCCUCUCCUUCCAAGUGAAAUCUAUCCGUCCAGCGUUCCCCCCUUAGUCCACCACCCCCUCACCUACCUUCUCCAUCCCUUCCCACCUUCCCCACCAGAAAGCCAGCCAGAGCGCGAGACAAGCAUCGGAACGCUGCUGGCCCCCCGACCAGCCGUAUUCCUCAGCCCGUAUCCCUAAACUGUCUUCUUGCGACUCGUACACCUUGAGUGCGAGUACGACUAGCUUACGCUACCCUCAACAAACUUUACCCUACCUUUCCCUCCUUCCCUCCUUCCCUCCUUCCCCUUCAUUCUUUCCUCUUUCCUUCCUUCCACCUUCCUCACCCUUCCUUCUCUAUCUCUGAGUCUCGAUCCAGCCCGCAACCUUCCAUCACUCAGCAGCACCCUUCUCCGCCUCUUCUUGAAUUUGUUCUCUCCUCUCCUCCAGCUUUGGCCUUUAUAAUAUAAGAAGGGUUGGCCCUUUCAAUAUUUCCCCUUCCAUACUUCUUCUGUCGACAUUUAAUCCGUCAAGGUCAACUCGUCCACCACGUUUUCCUCCCGCUUCAUCAGAUUUCCCCCAUUCUCCUCGUCGAUCAUCCCUCUCUUUGCCGCUGCCUCGAUUAACAAAAAGCACCAAGCUUCAAACCUUGUUCUUCAAACAAGCCGUGCCAUGCACAGUAAAGUAGUCAGUGAGUUUUUUAUUCUUCCUUUUUCAUUCCGCUCGUUAUCUUUCCCACGGGUUUCUCCUGUCUGCACGUGCUAACCUAUUUUGCCCUCUUCACAGUCAUUGGGUACGAAUUGACCGAUUACCCCACCAUUAUGAGAUUAACCCUCCCCCCGCUAACCUCAUCCCUCAUUGAUCCAGGUCCGGCCCGGCCGCCCAUACCGCCGCGGUAUACCUGGCUCGUGCAGAAUUGAAACGUUCGUAGCGGCCUCCACUAACUUGCAGGGUGGGCCGGCCUGGCUGACAUCGCGCUCUUGAUACAGCUGUCAUGUACGAAGGGAUGCUUGCGAAUGGAAUUGCGCCCGGUGGACAGUUAACGACAACCACAGACGUCGAAAAUUAUCCAGGCUUUCCUAACGGUAUUGGUGGCCAAAAGCUUAUGGUAGGUUUCACGCGUCUGGUCUUGUCAACACGGAGAUGUCCUUCCGGCUUCUCCCCCGACGACGUGACAACUAACUCGGAGCUAUUUGGAUAGGAUGCUAUGAGGGAACAAAGUGAACGAUUUGGAACAACGAUAGUCACGGAGACUGUUUCAAAGGUUGACCUGUCGAAACGGCCAUUCAAAUAUUGGCUUGAAUAUUGUGAGGAGGAAGCUCCGAAUACAGCCGAUGCCCUGAUUUUCGCUACUGGAGCCUCGGCCAGGAGAUUACACCUUCCUGGAGAAGACACAUAUUGGCAAAAUGGCAUUAGUGCUUGUGCCGUGUGUGACGGAGCUGUACCCAUAUUCAGGAAUAAACCGUUGGCUGUUAUCGGUGGUGGGGACUCGGCCGCUGAGGAGGCCAUUUUCCUGACAAAGUAUGGAAGCAAGGUUACCGUCCUUGUGCGAAAGGACAAACUACGUGCCUCCAACAUCAUGGCCAAGAGACUCAGUGCUCAUCCCAAGGUCGAGAUCCUUUACAACACGGUAGCGACAGAGGCAAAGGGGGAUGGCAAACUUUUGCACUCACUUGCUAUUAAAAAUGUUGUUACUGGUGAAAUCCGCGACCUCUCGGCAAGCGGCUUGUUUUACGCUGUUGGACAUGAGCCCGCUACUGCUCUUAUCAAAGGACAGAUUGAGUGCGAUGAAGACGGAUACAUCAUUACCAAGCCUGGAACCUCAUAUACUAGCGUUAAGGGUGUUUUCGCCGCGGGUGACGUUCAGGAUAAGCGUUACAGACAGGCAAUUACCAGCGCGGGUAUGUAUCCCAAUUGCUUUAGGUCUCAUUCUUUCAUGUGCUUCAGGCUCACCACUUCCGAUAAGGAUCCGGAUGCAUUGCAGCUCUUGAGGCCGAGCGGCUAUUGGCAGAGGAGGAGGAGGAGGAGGAAGCCGCAGAACCCAUGUAAGGCCCUGAUUUCAAAGUCAUCCAGUCAUGUUUUGGAGUUUGGACUGUCCUAAGUUACUAAUUUGUAGAACCUUCGUCGUAUCUUUAGUGUCGAAACAAAAAAGAGUGAAGUUAACGGCAUUGCCCCACAGUUCAAAACUCAUCCUAUGAUUUAAGGUUGGCUGAGUCAAGUCGGUCUGUCUGUAAUUCCCUGGUGUUUGUGUCUUAAUUGGGUCUUUGAGUUCUGGUGUUCCGCGGCAUGGCCAAUAAAAAUAAAAAAUCCCACAGGUACAUAGUUUCGUAUUGAUUUUGGACGACAAUGUUCUCCCGGAUUUUCGAUUGAGACAAGAACUAGUGUGGGGAAAGGGGGGGUUGGUAAUUUUUCUCCUUAUUUUUUUUCUCGUGUUUUACUUGGCUCUUUGGAUUAUCUUUUCUUUACGGCUGGGCAUCUUUCAUAUUUCUGUUCCCUUUCGCGAUUCAGUAUAAAUUUUUAGAACGUACGGUAGACGAGGAUUGGGGUUAACAUUAUGGAUUGUGUCUUACACCUGUAACUAGAUAUUGAACUACCCUGAAUACAGUGCAUUGCGGUGAAUGAUACGCAACCGCACGCCCUAUCUAUGUCUUUAACCGUGUCAAGUACCGGUGCUAGUGCUAUGAUUGAUACGAAGUCUAGAAAGAGAGAUCCGCCCUCGGGUCCAUCGGUCCAGCCACGGCAACAUCAAGGAUUCCCGCAUGUCGACCAGCUUACAAAUGCUAUGUAACCAACUUCCACCGCCGUAGUCCGGAGCUAAUCUAGCGCCAACCUCUCGAUCAACACCCUGGAGCGGGAAGGGGUUAACCAACCAAUCAGCCGAUGAAGAUGAUAAGACUCAUGGCCUCUCGGUAUGCCAUGCGUGCUAUGAAACAAUAGAGUAUGACAGGCUAUCAUAUGCUUGCCCGAGCGGGGGACACGGCAGGAAAAGACGAGUCGAGCUUGGACUCGGGACCUGGCAGGAUGCGGCACAAACCCACUCAGUGAUAUGCUACCGGUAUGCUAUCCUUGCCCUUCCCGUUUUUCCUGUCUGAUUUGGUCCGGUCCGGUCAGCCUGGCUUGAUCCGUUAUACGCUGUGAGUCUCUGAUGGCCA